AUGACUCGCUCCACUGCCGCAACAAUCGCAAAGCAACCUGGCAACCGCGCUGGCGUAAAGCGCGUCGUUCUAGGCGACCUCUCCUUCCCGACAUGGUAUCAAUCGAUUUACCCGGAGGAACUCGUCACCAAGGACACCGAGGUAUUAUACGUCUGCCGCUGGUGUUUUCGGUAUAGCUGUGACGCUGUAGCCUACGCUGGUCAUGUGAAGCUAUGUGACCGACGCGCGACGCCUCCGGGCGAGAAGGUUUACGAACACGGCGGAUACGCAGUGUAUGAGAUUGACGGCGAAGACGACAAGCUAUUCGCACAGAACCUAUCGCUUUUUGCAAAAUUAUUCCUCGAUCAUAAAUCCGUGUUUUUUGAUGUCUCGUCAUUUUUAUACUAUGUUCUCACCUUCACCGACCCCGACGCGCCGGACGACUAUUAUGUGCUCGGGUUUUUCUCCAAGGAGAAACUAUCCUGGGAUCUGAACAACCUCGCCUGCAUCCUCAUCUUCCCCCCAUACCAACACAAAAAGCUAGGCAGACUUUUAAUGGGCGUCAGCUACAAAUUGAGCGCAUGGGAAUGGGAAGGAGGGUUAAUCGGUGGGCCCGAACGGCCGCUGAGUGAACUAGGCCAUCGAAGCUAUUCACGGUUCUGGGAAGAGCGUAUGGCACGGUAUUUCCUGCUUGGUCCACCGGGUGGAGACCCAGAGGAGUAUAUCCAGCAGGCUCAACAGAAGAGACAGGCAGCCAUGAAAACAGCCGCUUCGAAGAAAAACUUCCCGCCGAGGGAAAGCAUGACGGUGCGAGAGAUUGGGCAGGCUACUGGAAUGUUGCCUGAAGACGUGAUUACGGCUUUGAAAGGGAUGGGCGUGGUGGAGCCGGAGCAGCAGACUAAGACUACGACUAAUAAACGGAAAAAUACGACUUCGACAGACGGCGAGACGGUCAUCGUUCGAAAAUCCAAUGUGCUGGAAUGGACAAAGAUACACAAUGUCACCCUCCGAGAUCCGGUGCGAGAGGACGGGUUCAUUGGCGAAUGGGCUCCCGAAAAACUCCAGAUGCAAGAAGAGAGUGAGGAUUAG